AUGGAGGUGUCCUCUAUGAUCCUCCGCAAGGGCUACACUCCUUGGCAGGGGCUCCUGCUCACAGCUUCCCUUUUAACUUACUGGUAUCUACCCAUCACUGCCCAAGUCACCAUUGAAUUAGUGCCACCCAAAGUGUUCCAAGGAGAAAAUGUUCUUCUAGAGGUCCACAAUCUGCCAGAGGACUUUCUAGCCUUUGCUUGGUACAGAGGGGUGACAAACAUGAAACGCGGAAUUGCAGUCUACGCCAAAAGAAACAGUUUAAAUGCAACGGGGCCUGGGUACAGUGGUAGACAGACAAUGUACAGUGACGGAUCACUGCUGCUCCAGCAUGUCAUCCUCAAGGACACAGGAUUCUACACCCUACGAGUCAUAAAUAGACAAGGAGAAUUUAUAUCAACAACAUCUGUGUUCCUCCAUGUGCAGAUCUCCUCUUUAACCUGUGGGGGCCGUACCACUUCUGACCAACCCACUAUUGAAAUAGUGCCACCCAAAGUUGCAGAAGGGGCAAAUGUUCUUCUACUUGCUCGAGAUCUCCCAGAGAACCUUCUAUACUUUUUCUGGUACAAAGGUGUGAUUUCAUUCAUCACCUACGAGAUUGCCAGACACACCAUAGACAAGAAUUCAAGUUUCCCUGGCCCUGCACACAGUGGUAGAGAGACAGUGUACAGCAAUGGAUCUCUGCUGCUCCACAAUGUCACCCUGGAUGAUACUGGAUUCUACACCCUAAAAACUGUGACUAGAGAUAUGAAACUAUACAUAAUACAUGAGUAUCUACAGGUGAAUGAGCCUGUGACAGAGCCCUUUCUGCAAGUCACUGACACCACCGUCACAGUACAGAGUUCUGUGGUUUUCAGUUGCCUCUCAACUGACACUAGAAUCUCCAUCAGUUGGCUCUUCAAUAACCGGAGUCUGCAGCUCACAGAGAGGAUGACUCUGUCCCCAUCAAAGUGUGGACUCAGCAUAGAUCCUGUCAGGAGGGAGGAUGCCGGAUUCUAUAAGUGUGAGGUCUCUAACUCAUUCAGUUCGGAGACCAGUCUCCCAGUCAGGCUGAUGGUGAACGAAUAA